AUGCAUCGUUUCGGUGAUAUAGAAAAGAAUAUGUUGCUUAGGGAAGCCACAAUACUGGACCCACGCUUCAAAAAAUCUGGUUUCAGGGAUAUAAGAAACUUCGAAGCGGCGGCAGCCGAUUUAAAAUUAAAAAUUGGGAGGAUAGUUCUUUCAGACGAACGCCCUUUGCAACCAGCAGAGCCUGUCGAACCAACCCCAGGUUGCUCAAAAGUAAGCUCACUUUGGGAACAGUUUGAUGAAGAAGUGGCACGCCAGGUACCCGAAAAUCCGGUUGCUGCGGGUAUAGUAGAAUUCGACAAGUAUAUGAAUGAGCCGCAAAUCAACCGACACUGCGAUCCAUUAUUAUGGUGGAAAGAACGGAAAGUCAUCUACCCACGCCUUCACUCACACAUGCUAAAAAGACUGAAUAUAACAGCGACAUCCAUACCAUGUGAGUGUAAUACGAGUGUCGUCCGUCAAAUGUGA